AUGGAUAAGAUCAAGGAGAGAAUGAACAACCUCCGCCUCGAGGCCGAGGAGGCCCAGGAGAAGGUUGAGGAGCUUAAGAGCAAGGUCAAGACGCUGGAGCAGGAGAACCUCGCCAAGGAGCAGGAGAUCACAUCCCUCAACCACCGGAACCAACUUCUGGAGGGUGAGGUCGAGAAGCUCGAGACCGCUCUUAAGGAGGCCAAGGAUUCUGCCAACCAGAGCGCUCAGCACGAUACUCAGAACGAGGCUCUCCAGCGCCGUCUGCAACUUCUGGAAGAAGAGGCCGAGGAUGCUGACCGGAACCUCCGGGAGACCAACGAGAAGCUCCGCCAAACCGACGUCAAGGCUGGCCACUACGAACGCAAGGUGCAGGCUCUCGAAGCGUCCCGUGACCAGUGGGAGAGCAAGUACGAGGAGAUGGCAAAGAAAUACGCCGAGUUGCAGAAGGAUCUGCACGACCUCGAGGUCUCCAUCAGCAAUGUUUAA